AUUAUAAAUUUUUUAAGAUAGUGUAUCAGAAAAUAUUAUAAUGGUACAAAUUUUUGUUAGUGGAAAUUUAUCUAUUAACAUAAAAAAAAUUGUUUUGUCAAUUUUUUUUAUCAACGAUAAAAACUAUAUUUUUUUUAAAACUUCCAGCGGAAUUCGCUGUAUCGAUCGGUAUUAAUUAAUUAAUUAAAAAUAAAACAAAAUGAAAAGAAAUUGCUUAAAGAAUCUGAGCUUAUCCCCUUAUACUUCACCUUCGUCGGAAAUUGUUUGUUUUUAGUUUUAAUCAUAAGUUAGGUUUUAUAAAUUUCGUUUUUUUUUUAAAACAACGCGGUUUCUACGAAUGUGUUUGUUGUUACUAUAAAAAAAAAAAAAGAGAUCAGAAAAGUAAAAGUGGUAGGAAAGUAACUAAAUUUUCAUCAUAGGAAGAGAAAGAUCCUUCGUCAUUGAAGAAGAUACAUAGCGCCAUGAACAUCUUCACCAAGAAACCCACCGCCAAAGAGGCUCUUCGCGAGAGUAAACGCGAAAUGACAAACGCCACUAGAGGUAUAGAGAGGGAAAUUGGAUCAUUACAAUUAGAAGAAAAGAAACUUGUUGCUGAGAUUAAGAGAACUGCUAAAACAGGAAAUGAGGGAGCGACUAAAAUUCUAGCACGUCAGUUGAUAAGGCUGAGGCAACAGAUUGCUAAUCUUCAAGGUAGUCGAGCUCAGAUGAGAGGCAUAGCAACUCACACACAGGCUAUGCACGCUCAUUCUUCUGUUGCUGUUGGAAUGAAAGGUGCUACUAAGGCAAUGGCAGCUAUGAAUAAGCAAAUGGAACCCGCAAAGCAAGCCAAAAUUAUGCAGGAAUUCCAGAAACAAUCGGCACAAAUGGAUAUGACUACUGAAAUGAUGUCAGAUGUCAUAGAUGAUGCCUUGGAUGAUGAUGAAGCUGAAGAGGAGACUGAAGAGCUCACAAAUCAAGUGCUUGAUGAAAUCGGUGUGGAUAUUGCCUCACAGUUAUCAGCAGCUCCCAAAGGAAGAGUCGCAACAAAAAAUACUGAAAAUGUCGGCAGCUCGGGCAUUGAUGACCUUGAGAAGCGUUUGGCGGCUCUGAGAAAUCCAUAAUUUUGGCUGUGGUUAUAUGGCUCUUGAUCUCAAUGAUUUAAACUAAAAUUCUUUCCUGAACUAUCUAGAGAUUUCAUAAGUUUUGUUUGUAUAUACAACCUUGAAAUUACUAUGACAAUUCUCAUAAAAGCUGUUGUUCAGGAUGGAAGGAAUACCACACGAUAGUAAGAUUGAACAUAGUGCAUGUCGAGAUAUAUCACUAUUUUUCGUUUUUAAGUA